CCGGGGUUUCCACACGCGAGACCGCUGGAGUGUGAGAGCUCGACGGCGUCAUGGCGGAGGCCGGCAGUAACAGGACUCGCAGUUGAACUGUCUACAGUCGGCAUUCUUUUAAUAAAACGAGCACUGUGUCCCCAGAAAAAAACAGAAGGCGAAACGAAAAGUCAAGAUAAUUUUAUUAAUUUGAAAGGAGAACCCAAGGAAGCCUUCCCAGCAGCCAAGUCGGAUUGUUUGGCGCAGCUCAGCACGGGAGCUAGCUAGCUAGCUAGCUAGCUGCUAGCAAAGAAAAAAUUGUUAGCAAGCUAGCUAGCUACAAAAAAGGACCUCAGAAGUCAGACGGAGACGGGAGCCAGACUGGAACCUCACUUGAGCCAGGUGAACUACACUGAAUAAAAGGGCAUUUGUGCACAGCAUCACGAGCACGUAACCUGACUGGAUCAAUCAUACUGAGACCUAGUUUCAAAGACUGAGAUGGAUGGACACAGUGAAGACGAAAGUGUGAGCAACAGCAGUGCACAAUCAAGUAAUUCUGAUGAUGAGUCUGGAUCUGGAUCGGGGUCUGGGUCAGACUCAAGCUCCAGUAGCAGCAGCAGCAACAGCAGCAGCCAAUCAGGGAGCAGCGACUCAGGAAGUGGUUCUGACUCUGGCAGCCAAUCAGAUUCAGACUCUGAGAAGUCGAAAGAGAAGAACCAGCAGGAAAACAAAUCUGUCAAGAUCGAUGGGGCAGAGUUCUGGAAGUCAAACCCAAGUAUUUUGGCUGUGCAGCAAUCAGCCAUGCUCAGGAAACAGCUCCAGCAACAGCAAGCACAGCAGCAAAGCUCAUCGAACAGUGACUCUGAUGAGGAUUCAUCUAGCAGCGAUGACUCUGACUCAUCAAGUCAGACUAAAAGGAAACGAAAGCAUAAAGAAUCGGGGUCUGGAUCUGAUUCUGGAUCUGGGUCGGAUUCUGGAAGUGAUUCUGACUCUGACUCUUCAGAGGAUGCGGAGAACACAGACGAGACGGUUUCAGACUAUGAGCCAAGUCACAAAGUCAAAAGCAGGAAGCCUCCUAACCGGGCUAAUGCCAGAAAUGGCAAAAAAGGUAAAGUACAGAGGAAAAAGCAGUCGGAUUCGUCUUCAGACGAGGAUGAGUAUGACAAAAAGUCAUCAGGACCCCGUCGUCAGGCAACGGUUAACGUGAGUUACAAGGAGGACGAGGAAAUGAAGACUGACUCUGAUGACCUGGUGGAGGUCUAUGGGGAAGAUGUUCCACAGCCUGAAGAAGAUGAGUUUGAAACUCUAGAGAAAGUGAUGGACAUGAGAAUAGGCAGGAAAGGAGCAACUGGGGGCACCACGACAGUGUAUGCUGUGGAGAUGGAUGGGGAUCCCAAUGCCAACUUCAUGCCCAACAAAGAAGCGGGCGACCAGCAGUACCUGAUCAAGUGGAAAGGGUGGUCUCACAUACACAAUACCUGGGAAACAGAGGAGACCCUCAAGCAGCAGAACGUCAGGGGAAUGAAGAAGCUGGACAACUUUAAAAAGAAGGAGCAGGAGAGGAAGAAAUGGUUACGUCUUGGUUGGCCAGCUCACUCAAAUCAGAAGUCUGCAGCGGGGUAUCCCGACUACCUGUGCAAGUGGCAGGGUCUCUCCUAUUCCGAGUGCAGCUGGGAAGAUGGGGCACUCAUAUCCAGAAAGUUCCAGAAGUGCAUUGACGACUACAUGAGCCGGAACCAGUCCAAGACUAUUCCGUUCAAGGACUGCAAGGUUUUAAAGGUGAGACCCAGGUUUCAGCCCAUGAAGAAACAACCAGCUUAUAUUGGUGGGGAUGGACUGGAACUUCGGGACUACCAGCUGGACAGCUUGAAUUGGAUGGCUCACUCUUGGUGCAAGGGAAACAGCUGCAUCCUUGCAGAUGAGAUGGGCCUUGGAAAAACCAUCCAGACCAUCUGCUUCCUGAACUACAUGUUCAAUGACCACCAACUUUACGGGCCAUUCCUGCUGGUGGUGCCUCUCUCCACUCUCACCUCCUGGCAGCGGGAGAUCCAGUUGUGGGCCCCCCAGAUGAACGUGGUGGUCUAUCUGGGCGAUAUUAGCAGCAGGAGCAUGAUCCGGACACACGAGUGGAUGCACCCACAGAGCAAGCGGCUGAAACUCAACAUCUUGUUGACGACGUAUGAGAUUUUGCUCAAAGAUAAGUCGUUUCUGGGUAACGUGAGCUGGGCUUUCAUCGGGGUGGAUGAAGCUCACCGGCUGAAGAACGACGACUCGCUGUUGUACAAGACCAUGAUAGAAUUCAAGUCCAACCACAGGCUUCUGAUCACUGGGACCCCACUGCAAAACUCGCUCAAAGAGCUCUGGUCGCUGCUUCACUUCAUCAUGCCGGAAAAGUUCCAUUCUUGGGAGCUGUUUGAAGAAGAGCACGGGAAAGGCAGAGACUCUGGCUACACCAGUCUCCACAAGGAGCUGGAGCCCUUCCUGCUGCGCAGGGUCAAAAAGGAUGUGGAAAAGUCCCUCCCAGCGAAAGUAGAACAAAUCCUGAGAGUGGAGAUGAGUGCCAUCCAAAAGCAGUACUACAAGUGGAUAUUAACCCGGAAUUACAAGGCCCUCAGUAAGGGUAUAAAAGGGAGCACCUCUGGUUUCCUGAACAUCAUGAUGGAGCUGAAGAAAUGCUGUAACCACUGCUACCUCAUCAAACCCCCAGAGGACAACGAGUUUUAUAACAAACAAGAGGCCUUGCAGCAUUUGAUUCGUAGCAGUGGGAAGCUGAUCCUGCUGGACAAGCUGCUGGUUCGUCUGAAGGAGCGAGGUCAUCGCGUGCUCAUCUUCUCCCAAAUGGUCCGGAUGCUGGACAUCCUAGCUGAGUACUUGAAGUGCCGACAGUUCCUCUUUCAGAGGUUAGAUGGCUCUAUUAAAGGAGAGAUGAGAAAGCAAGCUUUGGACCACUUCAAUGCUGAGAACUCUGAAGAUUUCUGCUUCUUGCUGUCAACGAGAGCUGGAGGCCUUGGUAUCAAUUUGGCAUCAGCUGACACCGUGGUCAUCUUUGAUUCGGACUGGAAUCCUCAGAAUGACCUGCAGGCUCAAGCCAGAGCUCAUCGGAUUGGACAGAAGAAACAGGUGAAUAUCUACCGGUUGGUGACAAAGGGGUCUGUUGAGGAGGAGAUUAUUGAGAGGGCCAAGAAGAAGAUGGUGCUUGAUCACUUAGUGAUCCAAAGAAUGGACACUACAGGAAAGACUGUUCUCCACACCGGCUCUGCUCCCUCUAGCUCCACUCCAUUCAACAAGGAGGAGCUGUCUGCCAUUCUAAAGUUUGGUGCUGAGGAGCUUUUCAAAGAGCAAGAAGGAGAAGAGCAGGAGCCUCAGGAGAUGGACAUUGAUGAGAUCCUCAAGAGGGCUGAGACGAGGGAGAACGAUCCAGGCCCUUCGACCGUGGGGGAGGAACUGCUUUCACAGUUCAAGGUUGCAAACUUCUCCACAAUGGAAGAUGAGCAGAUAGACAUGGAGGGCGAUGGCAAUUCCAAGGACUGGGACGAUAUCAUCCCAGAGGAUCAGAGGAGACGACUCGAGGAGGAGGAGAGGCAGAAGGAGCUGGAGGAGAUUUACCUCCUGCCUCGGAUGAGGAAUUGUGCCAAACAGAUAAGCUUUAAUGGGAACGAAGGCAGGCGCAGCCGUAACCGAAGGUAUUCUGGGUCAGACAGCGACUCUGGAACGGACCGAAAACGACCCAAGAAACGAGGGAGACCUCGAACCAUCCCGCGGGAAAACAUAAAAGGGUUCAGUGAUGCUGAAAUACGGAGAUUUAUCAAGAGCUACAAAAAGUUUGGUGGACCACUUGAACGGCUUGAUGCAAUUGCUCGCGAUGCAGAGCUAGUGGACAAGUCUGAACACGACCUGAAGAGGUUAGCGGAAACUGUACACAAUGGAUGUAUAAAGACCUUGAGGGAGAACCCCUCUGGUCCAGAGAGGAACUCAGGGGGCAGACGAGGAAAAGUGAAAGGGCCGACAUUUCGGAUCUCGGGUGUCCAGGUGAACGCCAAGCUGGUCAUCUCACACGAAGAGGAGCUGGCGCCGCUUCACAAGUCCAUUCCUGCUGACCCUGAGGAGAGGAAGAGGUACACCAUUCCGUGCCAUUCGAAGGCAGCUCACUUUGACAUCGAAUGGGGGAAGGAAGACGACUCCAACUUGCUCAUUGGCAUCUAUGAGUACGGUUACGGCAGCUGGGAGAUGAUCAAGAUGGACCCGGACCUCAACCUCACCCACAAGCUGCUCCCAGAUGACCCAGAUAAGAAGCCGCAGGCGAAGCAGCUGCAGACACGAGCCGACUACCUCAUCAAGCUGCUGAGCAAAGAUCUAGCCAAGAAGGAGGCCCAGCGGCAAACAGGCGCGGCCAGUUCCCGUAAGAGGAAGCCUAAUAAUAAGAAGAACAAAGCAAAGCCAGCGAAGGUGGAGGAGGUGGUCAAGAGCGAUUCCUCGCCGCCGCCCUCAGAAAACAGCUCAGAGGAGGAGGAUGACAAGGAUGAGGAGAAGGAGAUCAUCCCGGUUAAGACCUCCAGCCGAAGAGCCAAGGUUGAAAGGCCGGCCAAGGAGCCGGAAGAGCCAGAGGAGGAAGUGCCCAUGAAGAAGGAGCCCGAGGAGAAGAAGGAAGUCAAAGAGAAGGAAAUUAAGAAAGAAUGCAAGAAGGAUAAGAAAGAGGAUGCCCGUGAUUUGAAAGACAAGAAGGAACCAAAGGAUAAGAAAGAAACUAAACCGGUUGAACCGACUCAUAAAAAGGAAGAGGUCAAAGAGGAAAAGGUUAACGAGGCGAAAGGCGAUACCCGGGAGAAGCUGAAGAAGCCAGCCGACACUCCGGUCCACAUCACAGCGGGCGGGGAGAAUGUACCCAUCUCCGAGGAAUCCGAGGAGCUUGACCAGAAGACCUUCAGUGUGUGUAAGGAACGCAUGCGGCCAGUGAAGGCAGCCCUCAAGCAGCUAGACCGGCCAGAGAAGGGCCUGUCGGAGCGGGAACAACUGGAGCACACGCGCCAGUGCCUGAUCAAGAUCGGUGACCACAUCACUGAGUGUCUCAAGGAGUACUCCAACCCUGAGCACAUCAAGCAGUGGAGAAAAAAUCUGUGGAUCUUCGUUUCAAAGUUCACAGAGUUUGACGCAAGGAAACUUCAUAAGCUGUAUAAACAUGCAAUUAAGAAACGGCAAGAGAACGCGCAGGCAGCGGAUCAGAACACUAGUACUGUAAAUACUCAAAGCUUUAAAAACGCAGACAUCGAGAGACUGAAGGACAGCUCGCAACAAGAUGACAGCAGCAGGGAUAGCUACAGCUCCGAUAGGCACCACUCGUCACGUUACCCUGAACAUGGCAAAGACAGGCUCGCGGUGGACGCCUACAGGAAAAAUGCUGAUUCCAGGAAGAGGCCCUACUCAUCCUUCAGUAAUGGCAAAGAACACCGGGACAGGGAUCACUACAGAUCAGACAGGCAAGACAGCAGAUACUACAGUGACAGUAAACACAGGAAAAUGGAUGAUCACCGGUCCAGUCGAGACCACAGAAUAGACAGCAGCAUGAAGGACCGGUCCCAUUCAGAUCACCGCUCCAGCUCUGACCACCGAUCGCACUCAGACCACCGCUCGGGCUCCGAGUAUGGCCACCACAAAUCUUCCCGUGACUACCGGUACCACUCGGACUGGCAGGUGGACCACAGGGCAUCCGGCAGUGGGCCCCGGUCUCCCCGGGACCAACGUUCGCCGUACGACCCCCGGUCGCCUUUUGAGUACUCGUCGGAUCACAAGAGCACCCCGGAGCAGACCUGGUGCAGCCGCAAGACAUAACAGCGGCUAACAUAUGCCGGCAAACUCGUUAGCCAUAGACACAAAAGAACACAGUAAAUGCCUUAUGGAACUAGUGAAAGCUGUGCAGCGCACUGUGUAACUCUAGGGGGCGCCAUCUGUCUGGCCUCUCAAGAUUGCAAGACGUAAUAUCCCACUAAUGUUGGCCGGGGGGUUGGUGUCGGGUCGGGUCCGGGGGGGGGGACAUAUUUUUAUACUUAAGAGUAAUGCUACGUCAAAUGUGUCGUGGCAUUUAGGCAUUUUUUAUUUUUAUAAAACGGACGUCUUUUUUUACAUGGACACAACCGGCGUGCUGCCUGUGUCCCACCACCCACAACACUGGAUCGUGGUAUCGGUUUUUAUUUCUCACGGAAAGUGGCUGUUGAAUCUAUUUAAGAGGUUUAAUGAGAGUAUAAUAGACGCGUAAGCUCACCAGUAAUCGUGCUCAGUCGCAUGGAGUUUUAAGGGGUUUCCAGAAGCCACCCGAAGGACGUCGGCUCACCUUCCAAAGUACCUCGUUUACAGUGUGUAUUGUGACCACCUGCAUAUAUAUAUUUUUUUGUGCAUCAUGCUUGAACUAUUUAAUUUGUUUCAGCUGUAAAAUAACCUGGAUUUUGUGAUCAAUUUUAAAAAAUGUCCCUUUUUCACAAAAUGUACUACUGUAAAUUAUUGUAAAAUAGUAAAUUUGAAUGGGCUUUUUCCUCAGGCUUUGUUUUUUUUUUGGACUCUACCUUUCCCCAUCAACUCAGGCUUUUUUUGUCAGUUGUAUAAAUGUAUCACUUUUUCUUAACCGCUAAUAAAAUUGCUCUUCAGAAUGUAACACUCGGGGAGGGGAAACCUAUUCCAUCCUUAUUCUCUGUAGCUAUUUUUUAAGCUACCCUGUUUAUUUUAUUUACCUUAUCAGUUGUGAAUGUUUUCAAAAGGUGAGUUUGAAACCCUUUAAUUACAUCAUGUCAUGUAAAAAUAGGAGGGUCUUUUAGAGAGAGAGGAUCCUAUUAGACCUGAAAUAAACUAGAACUUUUCUUAAGGAAAGUCCUUUUCUUAUUCCAUUUUUUUUCUUUCAAAUGUAGGCAAUAAUAUCAAAUGUUCUAUGCAGCCAAAUGUAUUUCUGGUGGAAAAUUCUAGGCAAAUCAAGAUACUGUUAUAGUGCACACUUGUAUAUAGAUUUCCUCUAUAUUUCAAAUCAAAUUUACACCGAAAAUGCAUGGAUUUUUCUAAGAAUUGUUUUAUAUAGUUGUUUAUAAAGUCAUUAAACUCAAUCACUGUACUCACGUUUAAUCUUGAGUUGUAUACGUAAUCUUGUUUUGUGUAAGUCACAGUUUUUUUUUUUUUCUUUUUCGCAACUGUUAGGGUGUGGAAAAAUCUGAUGGAGACAGGUUUUUAAGACUAACUCUUCCCACCCUGCUUCCUCAAAUGGCUCCCAGAUCUAAACCACUGUAAUAAAUCUCAGGGAACAAGUGUGCAGUGAGGCUGUUUGUUGGGUUUCUGAGGACAAUGGUGCAUACCCAUCAUGCACUCCUUUUGCAGCCAAGACCAGCCAUUAUAGGCAAGGCCAGUCACAGACCCACAAGGCCAGUUGUGUGUGUGUUUUUUUUUGUCACUAUGGCAGCCCACACUAAAGUCACUCUAUAAAAUGUUACAUUUGUAUCUGUGCAGACAUCUCUUGCUUUCGCCAUGGAUGUGAUUUGACACUGCAGCAGCCUUGGCGGAAUGGUUCGUUGCUUCUGGCCAGCCGAGUAAUUCAUGAUGGAGUUUAGGAAAAAAAAAAUCCCUGGCCAAAUGAGUUUUAUGAAUACCUAAUAUAUUGAAUAGUGUUCUACAGCACUUAACAUUCAGCACCGUACGGUAGUUGGUAAAUCAAGCCUCCUGCUGUUGUAUUGCUCAUAAUAUAUUGUAUCACCACUACGUUUGGUAUGUUUGUGGCACCUGUUGUUCCAUAUUUGUGAACUGUUAUAACUGUCAAUUCAGUGUUACUCAAAUUCCACCUGCACCUUGUACAAUUUCUAACUUGUAGUUGCUAAACUACCCCAAUAUUUUAGAGUGAUGAUGUAAGUAACACUUAGAGAAUGAGAAUUGUACUUUUUACUCUGGGAUAAAAAAAAUCUCAAUCUUGUAAUGUGGACUAAUUGCAAAUACAGCCUACUCACCAGUGUA